AUGAUGGCGGCGAAUGACAACGACGAACAGUCCUACGCUUUACCCGAUUUAUCAGGAUUAUCAGAUGCGGAACGUCUCCAAGUCAUGGCAGUUAUGCAGAGAGCUAAGGAAUUUGAGGCUCAGGAGAAUGCCAAGUCUCAGAAGGCAGGAAAAACUUUGCCUUCUCGGGCACCAAUGGAAGGGCAGAUUCUCAAGUUUACAAACGUGGUCAAAGGAUACCAAUACAGGUGGUUUGUUCUCAACCCAGACUCUGGCAUGCUGGAGUACUUUGAGAAAGAAGAGCACAAAAAACUGCGGCCAAGGGGCUCUGUUCAUUUAGCAGCAGCAGUAGUGUCCCCUUCAGAGGAGGACUCGCAAACAUUUAUUGUCAGUGCUGCUAAUGGAGAGAUUUUCAAGCUCAGAGCUUUGGAUGCCAGGGAAAGGCAACUAUGGGUGGAUCGAAUUCGUUCAACUGCUGAAUAUCACACAGCCAACAUGGCACAGAAUUCACCUCAUCCAUCGCUGACACAAAAGCUGACACAGAAUAUGUCAGCUCAUUACAAUGACACUGUCAGAAAAACUCAGGGAUCACAGGAGCAUCUGGCAGUCACGAGGAAAAAGUCUCCAAAAGAUGAUAUGCUGCAGGAGGUUCGAGAGUUCUACAUGGAAGCUGAUGACUUUGCUAAACAUCUCGGCACCAGAAUAUCCGAACUGCCAACAUCAGGACAUUAUAUGAACUCAUUAGACACAGAUUUAUUGCUGUUGAAGGCUACAUCAGCUGCUACACUGCACUGCAUUCAAGACUGCAUCAACAUUUUGCAGUCUGCAGAGCCCGGAUUAAAACGCAGUCCAAAUGCCCAGAACAUAGAGAGAAUCCAGUCACCGAAAACCUUGCCCAUCAGCUCUGGCCUGCUGGAUGUGCCAGGGUCCCUCCCUAAUCCUGAAGAAGAGGUUCCAGAUGAGGAUACAUACCAAGACAAGGAUUUGGAGGGUGUGGAAGAGCACAAGAGUGUGAUUCUUCAUCUCCUGUCUCAGCUCAAACUAGGCAUGGACUUGACAAAGGUGGUCCUGCCAACCUUUAUUUUAGAACGGAGGUCCUUACUUGAGAUGUUUGCUGAUUGUAUGGCCCAUCCAGAUGCAUUUCUCAAGAUUCCUAAAAUACCUGACCCCGAGGGCAGAUUCCUGGCUGUCUUAGAGUGGUACCUCACCUCUUUCCACAAUGGAAGACCGGGUUCCGUCGCCAAGAAACCCUACAACCCCAUCAUCGGAGAGACAUUCCACUGUUCCUGGCAUGUCCAGAACUGCACCGACACACUCCUCACAUACACGGCGGAGCAGGUGUCACACCAUCCCCCAGUUUCAGCAUUUUACUUUGAGUGUCCACACAAUGGCAUCAAAAUGAACGCAUCCAUAUACACCAAGUCCCAGUUCAUGGGCUUGUCAAUAGGUGUCUCCAUGGUUGGCAAAGUACGCUUACGUCUGGAGGAGCAUGGAGAGGACUAUGUUUUUGGUUUGCCAUGUGCGUACGCUCGUUCUAUAUUAACAGUCCCCUGGGUAGAAUUAGGGGACAAGGUGCAGAUGGUCUGUGAGAAGACUGGGCUUUCAGCACAUAUCAUCUUCCAUACAAAGCCCUUCUAUGGAGGCAAGCUGCAUCAUGUAACUGCUGAAGCCAAGAAUAUCAAGACUGGGGAAAUCAUCUGUAAAGUGGGUGGAGAGUGGAACAGUGCAUUUGAAUUCACAUACUUAACAGCAUCUAACGCUGCUUCUAAAUAUGUGGAUGUGAAAUCUUUAAAUGUUUACCGCAAGUAUGUCCGGCCUUUAGACAAACAGAAAGAGUACGAGUCCCGCAAACUUUGGCAACAUGUGACCAAUGCCUUAAAGUUGAACGACAUACAGACAGCCACGGAACAUAAACAGAUGUUGGAGGAAAUACAGAGAGAAGAUGAAAAGCGCAGACGUAAUCUAAAUCUGGAAUAUUCACCAAAGUAUUUCAAGAAAGUUGAUGGAACGUGGAUCUAUAGGACAUUACCUGAAGAUUUUGCCAUGGUAGAAGCAAAGAAGUAG